UAUUGCUAAAUAAUCAAAAAAAUCGCAUUGUUUUGUGGGUGUAACGGGUCGAGAGACGGUGCUACGGUGUGACCGGAGGUUCGGUGCGGCCCGUGGCGGAUUUCGUGUUGUUAUGUUGGGUUGGCGGUCUGCAUCGUGUUCAAUGUUAUCUUUAUUUGGUUAGAUUAGAUAAAUAAUGAAUCGUGUGCAAGUAAAUGUAAUCUGCACGACGUCCCGUAAGCCACACCUAUUGCCGUUACUUAUUUAAAAUGACACGGGGUGAAUCUCCCAAUGGUCGUAUGUAGGUCAAUCUAUUUUGACGUGCGAAAAAAAAUUGGUCGGGGCCCCCCUUGAUGUGUGACCGUGGACAUUCAUCCAAACGUUGACCGAUAACACCGCAACGCCGAGUAAAAACAGUCCAAACAAACAAAAAUUGCAUUCGAAAGAACAAUCGGGGUGAUCCUAACGUGAAACAUAACCUGCAAAAUGGUCGAUUUAGGGCCAAUAUGGAACAACAUGGUCUAGUAAGGCCAUGACAUCUAGACAACCCUCCGGUGUUGCUGACGAACAGGGGAUAAUUACCCCUUAUCUUGGUACUCAGGACGUAUCAGUAGCGGGAGCGGAAGGCCUAGAGGGAUUAGCAGCGGCGGCGGGCGGUCACAGUUCGGCCACCGUACCGGGCGCUCGCCUCAAGCACCGGACACGCAAGUUCACCGCAUCCGGUAGCCUCAGUGACAGCUCCUCCAGUGUCAAACGACAAGAAUCCUCACCAACUUUGACGCUCAUAUCGUCAAAGGGCUCAGCUGAUUCAAACUAUUCUCAGCCUUCUUCGGAUCUGUCGCUGGACGAAGAGAAAGAAACGCUUCGUCGGGAGAAGGAACGUCAAGCACUUAGUCAAUUGGAAAAGGCGAGGACAAAGUCGGUAGCAUUUGCUGUCAGAACUAACGUAGCGUAUGACGGUACACUAGACGACGAUUCUCCAGUUCAUGGAUAUGCUAUUUCCUUUGAAGUUAGAGAUUUUUUACACAUAAAGGAAAAGUACGACAACAACUGGUGGAUCGGUCGUUUGGUGAAAGAAGGCUGCGACAUCGGCUUCAUUCCUUCUCCGGUCAAGCUAGAGAACUUGAGACUGCAACAAGCGCAAACGAGAACCACCAAGCUCUAUUCGAGUAAAACUAGCUCCAAUUCUAAUAUAGGGGCCGCUGGUAACGGUGUUUCCAGAGGUAGCACUCCUCCCACGCCCGGAGAUGAAUCCGACUCAGUGGGCAACGCAAGAUCGGGUAAAACUCUCACAACACCACCUGCCAAAGAGAAGAAAAAACCGUUCUUCAAGAAACAAGAAGCUACUGCACCGUAUGACGUAGUUCCUUCAAUGCGGCCUGUAGUUCUAGUAGGACCUUCGCUAAAAGGUUACGAAGUCACGGACAUGAUGCAAAAAGCCUUAUUUGAUUUUUUAAAGCAUAGAUUUGAAGGAAGAAUAAUUAUCACUAGGGUAAUGGCGGAUAUUUCUUUAGCAAAACGUUCUCUAUUAAAUAAUCCCUCGAAAAGGGCGAUCAUAGAUCAGAGACGAUCAACUUGUUUACUAGAGGUCCAAUCUGAAAUCGAAAGAAUUUUUGAGCUUGCUACUACGUUGCAACUUGUGGUGCUGGAUUGUGAUACAAUAAACCAUCCUUCGCAGCUUGCCAAAACUUCUUUAGCUCCGUGUAUUGUUUAUUUAAAAAUAGCUAGUCCUAAGGUGUUGCAAAGGUUAAUAAAAUCACGUGGCAAAAGCCAGGCCAGACAUCUGAACGUCCAAAUGGUGGCGUCGGAGAAGCUGGCGCAGUGCCCACCGGAAAUGUUCGACGUGAUAUUGGAUGAAAACCAACUUGAGGAAGCUUGCGAACAUAUAGCUGAAUAUUUAGAAGCUUAUUAUAGAGCUACGCAUCCGGAAACUACAAUGCCCAAUGUACCUCGACCAAUUGGAAGUUCGCCUCAAGCUUCGCCUAGUGGGGAUCAAGGCAGACCCACACUACCAGCACACCAAGAUGUAUAUGGAUUCUCACACGAAUCUAGAGUUACGACCUUUCACACGGGCCACGCGAGAUCUAGACCCAGAUUGGAGCGCGACCGCGAAUACGAGGACUACGGCGAUCGGGAGUACAUGAACACGCACGCGGUGCCGCCACAGUUCCAGGGCGGCGACGAUUACCGCGAACGUCCGAUGGAACGGCUGCGGGACCCUAGAAAUAGGGAGGAGGACUACCCCACGCACCGGGGCUCGUCCAGACGGGCCUUGAACGCCAUAUAGUGGAGGCUUUCUACGGAGCAACCCAUUGAAGAGGAAAUUCAUGACGACCUCUCGCCCAGGGCGGAGUCGUAUUACAAACCUCAGAUACCCAAGGAGUACAGGGACGACAGGGAGAAGCGGGACGAUCGGCCGGACGAUCGCAGGCGAUCGGACGACGAGAGGAGGUACGGCGAGAGGAGGUACGCGGACGAGGCGAGAUACGAGAGGCGGCACGGGGAGGAGAGACUGUCGACGGAGAGGAGCAAGCAGGAGGGCAGGAACUACAGGAAGGAGCUGCUUGAGAGGUUUGCUGAUAUGGACUUGGAGGGCCAUCACGAGUACCGCACCCACCAAAGAUACUAUGAAUGAAUUUAUACGUCUACAAGGUAAAUUUAGGCCUAAUUUUACCAAAAAUAAAACAUGUACAAAUGUAGAGAGGGCUGCCCUAAGGAUUUUAUAGUAUCUUUCGUGGAUUCUUCAAUGGGAUGUUCCGUAAAUUGUGAUUAAUUCUAAUUAUAAACAUUUAAAAAUUUUGACCAUUUUGGUGCCAUACUUGAGUAAUAGCUCAAUUUUUAAACUAAAUUAAAAACUAGGAAUAGUAUUAAAGCUUUAAAACUGUAGGUAGCUAUACUUAGGGUUUUUAAAUUCAUUUAUAUGGAAGGGUAUAUUGUUGAGAGCAGUAUAAAUUUAUGUAUUUUAUAUAUUGUAUAAUAGCUUUUAAAAGAACUGAUAUAACACUUUAAAGGAUUGUGUACUCUAUAAUGAAGAGGUAUUCAUUUUCUUUUGAGUCUCUCAUACAAAAAUUAUCAAAUCUAAAACCUGCACGUCUUAAGUACUUAAUACUAGUAUUAAUAACCUUUUAUAUCAAGGAUAGUUCAUUUAUUACGUACUUUUUCAAACGUUUCAGGGUAUCCUAAGCUUUAUUGCAAAUGGUUCAUGAAAUAUGAAAGAAAGCAAUCGUUAAACUUGAUAUAGUGCACACAAGUAUUCCUAGCAAUAAAUAAACUUCUGAAAUCCCUGUUUACAAAACGUUGUAAUCAAAAUUUAGGAUGCCUAAUGUAAAUAAAAAGCAGUAUUACAGAAUUAAUUUUCAGGUUUGUUUUAUAAUUUUCUGUAGAUUGACUCACAUUUCCCAUAGUUUUUUCCUUUCUCCUACGUGAUACUAAGGUAAAAAAUGUCAAAAUAUUUUGACUGAUUCUAGGGAGUGCAAUGCUGUUAGAAAAUUCAACAAAAAAAAAUUAAUUAAAAAAAAAACGUAGUCAUACAUGCAUGAGGCAGUUGAGGCUUUACAUGAAUUGUUAAAAAUUCAUAACCAGGUCCCUAAUGGAUAUUGUACUAUUUUUAAAUAAAUUCUUAGAUCAUCGCCAGCUUUUGCGAACCACCCAAAGGUAAAAAAAAACUAUAUUCAAGGACAAUCAAACUGUUUAGAACGGUUUAGAAAAUAGCAUAGAAAAACUGUGUAGCUGUAUAAAGGAUUUUUACCGGUUUCCCCAUAGACUAGGAAGUCGUACAACUAACUAACUAACUAACCGAAACAACGAACGUUUAAAAUAGAUUACUUGUCAUGCGUUUUACUUUAAUAACCACACAAAAAUUAACUCGUUUAAUUGAAUUGAAAUUAGCGGCAAUUCGUUUACCUCAGACCUACCCUUAAAAUGCAAUUUUGUACAAAAUCUGUUUACUGAAACGUUGCGUGGUUGGUGAAGGCUGGUACAUGCUUAAAUUGUAAAUUUUCGAAAAUGCAUGUGUCACUUUCGGUGACAUCACGACCAAUUACACUACACAAAACUAAAUAAUUGUAUAGUUCGUAGAGUUUUUUUAAUCGGUCGAGUUGGUGAGACGGCGGGACGUUCGACGGGGGCAAAACUCAAGCAAUAUUUAGUUUAGAAAUAGAUUUGGAUCGGGAAUAACAUUAAUACGUAAAUUGCUUCGUGGAUUGUUACAUUCUCGGUAAUCGUUGGCCCGGCCACGACGAAGGGUCGUUCUUAAAAAGAAAAAAACACUAAACUAUAUAAUAGUGCAUCCCUAACGUUUUAGUUCUAGGGUGGAUAUCUUCAAGCCUGUGAUAUAUUGUAGGGCCUGACGAAUUUACUAAUCUAAUAAAUGUUUUUGUUUACUAAUCUGAUGACCCAGAUAGUUUUGUCAAAAUUUCCGAUUGUGCGAUAAGAUAAUUCAGAUUAUUCAAGUACUUUCAUUUGUUGUCGUGGUGUUAGUAAAUUUCCAGGCUCUGGAAUUCUUAUGAAUCUCUUUUCCAACCCAGUUCUGCGUCUCAUCAAUGGGGCUGUUCAUUAUUGCACCAGUCUAUGACAUAGUUAAAUAAUGUCGUAUUUAUUUUUUUAAUUGUUGUUGUUUUUAUAAUCAUACACUUAUGUACUAUGUCAUGGACUUAUUUUGCUAGAUUAUGUAAUAGUGCCAGACUUUUUUUUAAAUAAUAUUUACUGUAUUUAGGAUUAAAAGGUACCUAUUAAAAGAUUUCAUAUGCUGUUAAUAUUGGAUGAGUCUAUUGAUACUUCAGAUAUAAGUAAGUUUAAAUAAAAUAAACUUUGAUACAUUGUACAUAGCUAUUAAAUAUUAAAAAAUCUAUAAUAAUUACAAAUAAUUGUGUUUUUAAUUUCUUAGAACUAAGCUAGCUAGUAUUUAUUAUAAAUAUUAUUGUUUAAAUCGAUUGUUACUAUUAUUCUUUUGUAUUGUAUAAUUUAUAUGUAAUUCAGUUUGUCUGAAAUGCCUUGCUGUUAUUAUUUUGAUAUUAUUUGUUCGAUACAGAAAAAAUGAAUGUAAGAAAAUAUGGAGAGGCACUUUCGCGUGCAUUUUUCUAAAUAAAAUAAAUCGAUAAA